GGCGUGGCCAAGCGCGGGGAGCAAUGGCGGCGCCGGUGCGGGACCGGGAGGCGCUGCAGAGACUCAACUUCCUGUUCCAGGCUGCCCACUGGGUGCUACCCCACAGCCCGGCCCUGGCUCGCUUCUACUGCAGCACCCAGCGGGGGGCUGCUCGCCGCCUGGUCCUGCGCAUGGCCCCCUCUGUCAAGCGCCUCCUGUGCCGCCGCUGCUGCUCCCUGCUGCUGCCUGGGGCUGGGGGCUGCCAGCGCCUCCGAGGUGGGGAGGGGGACCCCCAGAAAGGGGGAGGGGGCCAGCCCCGCACUGUGAUUGGCUGCUGGAGCUGCGGCCGCACCCGGCGCUUCCUGUUCCGGCGGGAGCCACGCCCCCGGGCCACACCCACAGGUCAGAGGGGGUGGGAUGAACCUAAGGGGUGGGGCUAA